UGAACAGGGAACAUGUACACAGCGGUCCAUGUGCCGGAUGUAAACCACUGUCCAUGGUUAUAUUGGAGGCUUCGUACAGGCGCUGGAGAUACAUUCGUGUUGUUCUAGGCUAUCGUUGGUGGGUGCUAAAGCACUGACACAGGCCCCGGGAGCAAUGACAGCGCGCACCAUGAGGAUGUGCAGGAGAAUAUGAGUGAUCGUGUCCAGCCAUGUUGCUGUUCUGGGGGGAGUUGUUUCUCCUCCUUGUUCUGCCCUGUGUUGCCUACCUCUGUUGGUGCCUCCACAGAUUACACCUGCGGUACAGCCAUUUACCGGGACCCCCACUUGACAGCUUCAUCGGUGGAAAUGCUCCUUCACUCGUCAAACAUAUCAAGGAAGGGGGCCAUUUCUUCUCCUACGUAUUGCAGAAUGCGCGGAAGUACGGGCGAACAUUCCGACUGAUCAUUAUGAAUCAGGCUAUAGUUUUUACAACAGAUCCUACAGCUAUCAAGGAAAUGGUAGUCUCUAACAACAGAAAACCUAAGCAAGUUUACGGAACGAUGGGCCAUAUUUUCGGCGAGAGGUUUUUGGGGGAAGGACUACUGACAGAGAGUGACCACAACGCCAGCAAAGGCAACUUGCUGAGACCAAAACUACAACAUUGGUUUCAGAGAAGCCAAAUGCGGAAUAUGAUGGGUGAAUUCAACGAUUCAGCCGAUGUUCUAGUCACCAAGCUCAGUUACCUUGCCGACGGCCGAACACAAAUUAACAUGUUCAACGAGUUUAACCAUAUCGCCCUGGAUUUAAUUGGAAAGGUGGCUUGCAGUGAAGACUUUCAAACUAUCCACAGUGAUACAAAUCCAUUUAGCAGGGCUUUCCGUGAUGUAUUUGUAGGCAUCAUAAAGAAUGGAAGAAACCCUCUUAUGGUGUACAACCCGUUGAACUGGGCCUACUGCCGGAGUGUGAAAAAGUCGUGUGCCUUUCUGAGACAGUACUGUUCGUCCAUGAUAGAUGAGAGGCUGGCCGCCAUGGCAGAUGAUACCCAUGUUCCUGACGACAUCCUCACACACAUGGUUCGUGUUCAUGAGCCGAAAACUUUACAUGACCGGCAGAUUCUCUUGGAUAACUUCCUAACGUUUUUCUUGGCGGGCCAAGAAACAACGUCAUGUCUUUUGUCUUUCUGUUUGAUAUGCCUUGGAAAAUACCCUCAUGUUUUAAAAAGACUUAGAGAUGAAAUAGACCAGGUUGUUGGCGAAAAAACUUCCGUUGAAUUCGAAGAUCUAGGUAAGCUACCCUACCUGGAUAUGGUUGUACAGGAAACACUACGACGAUAUCCACCCAGUGCUGCCACCUACCGGGAGACUAAUCAAAAUGAUGUCAUCGACGGUUUCCCAAUACCGAAGGAAACAUCUGUCUGUUUCAGCAUGUACGUUCUGUCCAACCUGGAGGAGUAUUUCACAGACCCUCUAGAGUUUCAACCUGAACGAUUCAGCGAGGAAAAUAGGAAAAGAAUCGGUAGCUACAGGUACUUUCCAUUCUCCAUGGGACCAAGAACUUGUAUCGGGAAACAUUUCGCAGAGGUUGAGUCAAAGAUAAUAUUGGUGAAGUUUUUACAAUGGUUCAACUUUACUUUGGAUCCCGACCAGUCAACGGACAUACAGGAAAUGCUUCUCCAUAGGCCAAAGGACGGAGCACUGUGUACCUUAACCUUGCGAGGUCGAUGACAGUGGAGCUUUAGCGUGCCAGAUCAAUCAAUCCAUGAAGGACGCUUCCUUCAUCAGCAUGUUUCAGUCUCUCGGAAGCGUAUGAUCAUGAAAACGUCGAGUAUUGAGAUACAUUGGUUAACAGCACCGAACGGAUAAAGAAAGGAAAAUAUGUAGAUCAUAAGUAUCUGUUUGUUCCAUUGGCAAUACAAGAUGAGAAGAUGAGAAAAUCGAUUACUAAGCCGUUUUACAGUAGCUUACAUUUGUUAGACAGCGAUGUGCACGUGUUUUGUCUUCUCUGUGUGAAGUCGCAGCUGUCGACUCCAAUGUCUGUUAAAAUCGACCACUUCCGGCAAUGUCUGUAAGACAAAAUACAUUUCAUUGGUGUCAUACAUUGUCAUUCUUUACAUUAACUAUAUGGUGAACUAGCGUUCGCUAUCGUUAUUUUCCGUUGCUUGUAAAGUGAAAUAGUGAAAUAGAUAGGUCAAUCAAUGUUACUAAACCACUGAAUAGCGGGUUUUGGAAAGUUCAAAUGACGUCAUUUUAAUAUGAAAGAACACAGAAGAUAGUUUUCUUGAUUAUUUAAUCCAGUAUAAAAUAUGUGAUCUUUAUCGUAAACUGUACACGUGGGUUUAGUUGUGUAUCUUACAAUUCAAGUUUUAUGUCUUUAUCAUGUCUUUGAUCGAAUCAAGUACUUUCUAUGAAUACAACAUGUUUGGGGUUACAGUACCUGUAAUUGUUAAUCACCAGUUUAGGAACUUUCUAUUAAUACAACAUGUUGGUGGUUACAGUACUAAUACAACAUGUUGGUGGUUACAGUACUAAUACAACA